AAAUGGGCAAAUCCAUCACUUCCCUCUGCUCAGUGUUCUUGAUGCAAGAUUGAAGGGAAAAUUAGAAGCUGUUCAUUUGGGCUUGUGGGCUCAGAAGCGUCGCACUGCUUUGUUUUGUACUCUACCGUGUCCUGUUGAAAGGGGUCAACAAGUGCCGGGGAGGGUGCAGAGGCUGAGGCUGGCGUCACCUUCCGUUGCUAAGGUAACGUGCUCUGGCCAUUUUAUCUGAUAAAGGAAGUCCAGUGGACUGUAUGCAUUAUUCAUCACUGUUCUAAUCAAACAAUCAAAAUCGUUCACUUUCACCGGGAAUAUUUAGCAAGAUCAAAGACACUCUGGCUGGAACAGCUCUUGUUUUACCGCUGACAGAUAGCCUUUGAUUUUUAUUUUUUGCAGUGUUCCAGUGAACAUUUUCUCUCAAAACUCUGUGUUUGGAACAUCAAGGAUGGAUUAUCCCAAAAUGGAUUAUUUUCUGGAUGUAGAGUCUGCUCAUAGACUCCUGGAUGUUGAGUCAGCUCAAAGAUUCUUCUACAGUCAAGGAGCUCAAGCUCGCCGGGCGACCCUGCUCCUGCCUCCCACAUUAAUGGCGGCAUCCUCGGAGGAUGAUAUAGACCGGCGGCCCAUCCGGAGAGUGCGCUCCAAGAGCGACACGCCGUACCUCGCGGAGGCCAGGAUCUCCUUUAACCUGGGGGCAGCUGAGGAAGUGGAGAGGCUGGCGGCGAUGCGUUCUGACUCCCUCGUCCCAGGCACCCACACCCCACCCAUCCGCAGGAGAAGUAAGUUUGCCAACCUGGGAAGGAUUUUCAAGCCUUGGAAAUGGAGGAAGAAGAAAAGCGAAAAGUUCAAACACACGUCAGCAGCCCUGGAAAGGAAAAUAUCUAUGAGGCAAAGCAGAGAAGAGCUGAUAAAGCGAGGAGUCCUGAAGGAAAUCUAUGAUAAAGAUGGGGAACUCUCUAUAUCCAAUGAAGAGGACUCCCUAGAAAAUGGGCAGUCCCUGAGCUCCAGCCAGCUGUCUCUGCCUGCCCUGUCCGAAAUGGAGCCAGUCCCAAUGCCCAGGGAUCCCUGCUCAUAUGAGGUGCUCCAACCGUCAGACAUCAUGGAUGGGCCAGUGUCUGAAGAGAGUCCCUCUGCCAGUGAGUCUGGAGUCCUCCUGUCCCAAGAUCCUUCAGCCAAACCAGUCCUGCUACUGCCCCCCAAAAAACCUGCUGCUUUCCCUGGAGACCAUGAAGAGACCCCAGUGAAGCAGCUGCCCCUUCUCAAGCAGCCCCCGGCCCUGCCUCCCAAACCCUCUACCAGGAUUGCCAACCACUUAACAGAUCCUGGCGCCCCUGUGAAAUUGCCUUGUCUGCCAGUGAAACUGUCGCCUCCGCUACCUCCAAAGAAAGUCAUGAUCUGUAUGCCCGUGGGAGGACCAGACCUCUCACUGGUGUCCUACACAGCCCAGAAGAGUGGCCAGCAGGGUGUGGCCCAGCACCACCACACUGUCCUGCCCUCCCAGAUCCAGCACCAGCUGCAGUACGGCAGCCACGGCCAGCACCUCCCCUCCACCACCGGCUCCCUCCCCAUGCACCCCUCGGGCUGCAGAAUGAUAGAUGAGCUCAACAAAACGCUGGCCAUGACCAUGCAGAGGCUGGAAAGCUCUGAGCAGCGGGUCCCCUGUUCCACUUCUUACCACAGCUCUGGGUUGCACUCGGGUGACGGGGUCACCAAAGCAGGACCUAUGGGCCUUCCAGAAAUAAGACAAGUGCCAACUGUUGUGAUUGAAUGUGAUGACAAUAAAGAAAAUGUGCCUCAUGAGUCAGACUAUGAAGACUCUUCUUGUCUGUAUACAAGAGAAGAGGAGGAAGAGGAGGAGGACGAAGACGAUGACAGCUCAUUAUACACCAGCUCCCUGGCCAUGAAGGUCUGCAGGAAGGACUCCUUAGCCAUCAAACUCAGCAACAGGCCCUCCAAGCGAGAGCUGGAAGAAAAGAACAUCCUUCCCAGGCAGACGGAUGAGGAGCGGCUGGAGCUGAGGCAACAGAUUGGCACCAAGCUCACCAGGCGGCUGAGCCAGAGGCCAACUGCAGAGGAACUGGAACAGAGGAACAUUUUGAAACCUCGGAAUGAACAAGAGGAACAGGAGGAGAAGAGAGAGAUUAAGAGGAGGCUAACCCGAAAGCUCAGUCAAAGGCCCACGGUGGAAGAGCUUCGGGAAAGGAAGAUCCUCAUCCGCUUCAGUGACUACGUGGAGGUGGCUGACGCUCAGGACUAUGACCGCAGGGCAGAUAAGCCGUGGACCCGCCUCACCGCUGCAGACAAAGCUGCCAUCCGAAAGGAGCUCAAUGAAUUCAAAAGCACUGAGAUGGAAGUUCAUGAAUUGAGUAGACACUUAACAAGGUUUCACCGACCUUAACAGUCGAAUUCCUCUUGAGUGCUAUGCUGUCUUCAAAACAUAAAUUUAUAAGAACCAUAA